AUGCCCCAAGCUGCAAGGAAUUCAUCAAAGCUCAAACUUGGCGAGGUGCAAGAAAUAGAGACAGUUAAUUGGGCGACAGUUUGCGUGAGGCAAGGGGUCGCGAUCACGACCAGGAACUUCGUGACCGAUGUUGCGCAUGCAGUGAACUCGAGGGUUUAUGGGAAGAAGCCCAUCUCGCUACAUCCCCAGUGGGGCGAUCGCAUGGCGAGAAGACAUCCCAAAUUCCUCAAAGAACUUGACGCCGCGAUAAAGGAAACCAAGGUUCGCAGAGCCAAAAACCGAGCUCCAACAGCUAUCAAAGAUGAACGGGUAUAUUUCAUGAAGUGGUGGUGGAGACUGCGCAAUUUCAUGAGGAGAAUCAAUGUCAAGCCAGAGAAUGUGUAUCUUUUGCGCAAUUACGGUCAUUUUACAAUCGUCGAUGCACAAUCGAAGACAUUGGCCACGCCCCGUUUAUCAAAAAAGCAAAUGCAGAACAGCAACAAACAGGUGUCCUCGGCUCUCUAUUGUUUUCGUUAUGGUGAAAAGCCCUUAGCCCCGUUUUUGACGUUCACGGAGAAGAGCGGUCAUGAUCAGGGGAAAUCCAAAUUUGCCACCAACGAGGAUGGAUGGAUCACUUAUUCCGACAUGUUCGACUGGGUCAAAAUGGCCUUUGAAGUAGACAUCCAGCCCCCGAAAGGCAGAAAACCCAGGAAGGCGCUGGGUCCCCCGAGGCUCCUGCUCUUCGAUGCAGAUGAGGUGCCCGUCAACGCAGAGUUCUUCAUUAUGUGCAGGAUGUCCAACAUCUUCUGUUACGGACUACCUCGUGGCAGCCGCGGAAUAUUCAACGAUCUCAGCCAUGGACUUCUUUCCUCCAUUGACCAGGAGUAUAGCAGACAUGUGGACAACUCUUUGAGAGGAAGGCCAAAUGGGACUGUUCAUCUGGAGGACCCGACUUAUGCGAAGUUCAUUUCGGAAAAAGCCAGCUCUGGCGAGCAUGUUUCUGAUGAGAAAAAGGCUUGGGAGAAGCUCGGCCUCAUUCCGUUGAAUCAGAAACUUUAUCGUGGGCACGUCAAGAAGUGGCUGGCGACCAUUGACUCCACGGCAGAAGAUUCGGAUCAAAGAACGACCCAGGCAGGAGUUUUUUUAUCCCCACCUCCAACGCCACCCAUUCGAAUACCCAUCUCUCUUCGGCGCUCCCGGACAGCAUCACCGUUCGAGAUCAUCAAUAUUGAAUCUUCUGAAGAGAAAGACGCGAACGACUCCGACUCGAGUGACUCAUCUGACGAAUUCUGCGCCGAGGAAGAGCGCGAUGCAAGCAAAGAUAACAAGGAGGUGGAUUCUGAUGGCGAUGCUGAUUCCGAUAAUGAUAGUGAUUCUGAUGGUGACUCCGCUGCCACUGCCGCUGUCGAUCACUCCAGAAGCACCAACAAGCGCCAAAGGGAGCUUGUAGACCCGGAGUUGGCGGACACCGCUCCCAAAAAGAAAAAGAACGAGAUGGAUGUGCUAAGAGACGAGAUAGAGAUGCUGACAGCCCGGUUGGACGAGAUGGCUGAGAAGUCCGAAAAAACCAAAGAGACCGAAACGACUAAGAAGAGCAAGAAUAUCGAGAAGACCAAAAAGCCCAAGGAGACACCCAAGAAAAACUAUCGUUCUCGCACUGCGUGA